AUGACUGAUAUUAAUAUUGGACAGGAAAAGCAAUUUUUGCAUAUAGACUUUAUGAACAAGGAAGAAAUUGUCUUUAAGGCUGAGUGGAGUUCUUCAUAUCUAGCAAUUAAACAAAAAACAAAUGAUGAGGAGGGUGCUGUUGCUAUUGCAGAUGCUGUUAAAGAAGGGCUUCAUAAAUUAAAGGAACUGAAUUUGUCCUUCUGUGAGAUCAAACGAGAUGCUGCUCUGACUGUUGAUGAAGCUAUUGAAGAUAAGGCAGAGUUGGAGAAGUUGGAUCUCAAUGGUAACUGCCUGGGAGAAGAGGGAUGUGGGCAACUGCAGGAGAUCCUUGAAGGCUUCAAUAUGGCAGCUGUGCUGGGAUCUUUGAGUGAUGAUGAAGGGGAAGAGGAGGAUGAGGAAGAGGAUAAAGAAGAGGAGGAGGAGGAGGAAGAGGAGGAAGAACAGCAACAGCUUAAAGAGAGAGGGCAGGGAGAACAGGUCAAUAAUACUUAUAAUGCUGGAGAUGACACUAAACAAUGCUAAGUUUCAUAACUGGCAAAGUAUGAAAAUAAACUUUACAGAAAUCAACUUGUUCUACAUAUAAAUAAAAUCCAUAAU